CACGUACGGAGUGACAGCUGAGGCCGAGGCGGUACUUCACUUCCUGAUGCUGAUGGCACCUGAUUUUUGCUAGGCGAGCAACCCGCUUUUACUCAUCACAGUUUAGGAACAACUUGUGAAACACAGCGUGGUCACGUCGUCGGGAUCAGGAGGUGCAGCAGAGUUAGGACGGCACCAUGAACGGCCAGCUCGACCUAAGCGGAAAGUUGAUCAUCAAAGCCCAAUUGGGUGAUGACAUCAGACGCAUCCCCAUCCACAAUGAAGACAUCACUUACGACGAGCUGGUGCUCAUGAUGCAACGCGUCUUCAGGGGCAAACUGCAGAGCAACGAUGAGGUCACCAUUAAGUACAAAGACGAAGAUGAUGACCUCAUCACCAUCUUUGACAGCUCUGACCUCUCCUUCGCCAUCCAGUGCAGUAGAAUACUCAAGUUAACUUUGUUUGUUAACGGUCAACCCCGGCCAUUGGAGUCCAGUCAGGUGAAGUACCUGCGUAGGGAACUCAUUGAGCUGAGGAAUAAAGUCAACACCCUACUAGAUAACUUUGAGCCCCCCGUGGAGCCCGGCAUGGCUGCAACGGCACCAGAAAACGAAACAGUUGACGGACGCGAAGGCAAGGUGGUGACGACAGAUGCUGCUGCGAAGCAUGUGACCCCAGUCAGCGCGGCCAGUAUGUCCGCCUUUGACCCGUUAAAGAACCAAGAUGAAGUCAACAAGAAUGUCAUCUCUUCUUUUGGUCUGAGCGAGGACCAGGCCCCAGCUCCGCCAGCAACAGCCCCAGAGGAGCGCUCAGGGACGCCUGAUAGCAUUGCUUCCGCCUCUUCCGCAGCCCCUCAGCCAGGAUUGCCUCCCCAAGCGCAGGCUCCCUUUUCUGGAGUGCAGCAGGGACCCCAAUCAGGUAUAGAUGGUCAGGUGUAUCAGCAGUACCAGGCCCCAGCUGGAUACCCUCAACAGCAGCCAGGUGCACCACCUCAACAGUAUGGAAUGCAGUAUCCUGCUGGGUACAGCCCCCAGCCGGGAGCCCCCCAACCUGGUCCGCCGCAGCCUCAACAGCAGCAGUUCCAGAACUACGCACCUCCUUCCUCCCAAGCCCCAGCCCCGGGUCCGCCGGCCCCGUCCCCUAGCUUCCAAGGUGGCCAGCAGCAGCCUCAUCCUCCUCCUCCUCAGGGACCCCAGCAGUACCCACCAGGAGCCUUUCCUCCCCAAAACUAUACCUCCCAGGCAUCGCAGCCUGCCAACUACAGCAUGCCCCCCACCUCCCAGCCUGCUGGGUACCAACCUCGCCCAGGAUACACCCCACCUCCAGGCAGCACGGUCACCCCUCCGCCCGGGGCUGCUAACCCAUAUGCCCGCAACCGGCCCCCUUACGGUCAGGGCUAUGCUCAACCGGGGCCUGGGUACCGGUAAACGGAGCACAUGAAUCAUCCAUACACAAACCCUAAUGGGUCCAACUACUUGGACUGAUUUUACGGUUCUGAUUUUUUUUUUGUCCCCUUCAUUUGAGUAUCGAAUCCAAAUAUGAAAAAGGCAACCCCAUCUCCAGUCUGAUGUUUCGUAUUUGUACACCGUCUAUCCAA